CAGGCACUUUGGAGGGAGAAAUUAGCUCUGCUUUCUUCAGCCAGAGCUGGGUAGCUUGGCGAGGCGAGUGGCCCAGAGCUCCUCUCUCUCCUCUUGGCCAUUUCCAUUUCUGUCUGAGAAUACACGAAGAUGUCACUUGUAGCGUUGCCUUUCUACCAAAAGAGACACAAACACUAUGACCAGUCAUAUCGUAAUAUUCAAACAAGAUACCUUCUAGGUGAAUACGCAUCAAAAAAGCGAGCUUCGACCCAGUCGUCUACCCAGAGGUCUCUUACGCAGACGUCAUCUUCACAAAAGGCUUCCAGCCAGACAUCACUGGGAGGGACCACCUGCCAGAUCUGCGCAAAACGAGUGAGCACCCUGGAAGAGGAGCAGCAAGAAAGUAAGAAAAGAUACCAAUCCCUCGUGGCUUCUUAUGGUGAGGCCAAGCGACAGCGUUUUCUCAAUGAGCUCGCCCAGCUGGAAGAAGAUGUUCACCUGGCACGUUCCCAGGCUCGUGACAAGCUGGACAAAUAUGCCAUUUACCACAUGGUGGAGGACCAGCUGGCCUUGGAAGGGUCCACUUUUGAAGAGCGCAUUAGCAGGGCCCCUGAAAUUCUGGUGCGGCUGCGGUCCCACACCGUCUGGGAGAAGAUGUCUGUGAAGCUCUGCUUUACUGUGCAAGGAUUUCCCACUCCCGUGGUGCAAUGGUACAAAGACGGUAGUCUCAUUUGCCAGGCAGGUGAGCCCGGGAAGUACAGGAUCGAGAGCAAGUAUGGUGUGCAUACGCUGGAGAUUAACAGGGCAAACUUCGAUGAUACGGCGACGUACUCGGCAGUGGCGACUAAUGUCCAUGGACAGGUGUCCACCAACGCUGCGGUGGUGGUCAGAAGGUUCCAUGGAGACGAGGAGCCAUUCCAUUCUGUUGGACUCCCAAUUGGAUUGCCCUUAUCGUCUGUGAUUCCAUACACUCACUUUGAUGUUCAGUUUCUGGAAAAAUUUGGGGUCACCUUCAGAAGAGAAGGGGAGACUGUCACUCUCAAGUGCACGCUGUUGGUGACUCCAGACCUGAAGAGGGUGAAACCACGGGCCGAGUGGUACCGGGAUGAUGUGCUAGUGAAAGAGUCGCAGUGGACAAAGAUGUUCUUCGGAGAAGGACAGGCCUCAUUGUCCUUCAGCCACCUCAACAAGGAUGACGAAGGCCUGUACACCCUGAGGAUCGUGUCCCGAGGAGGAGUCAGUGACCACAGUGCCUUCCUGUUUGUUCGAGAUGCUGACCCGUUGGUUACAGGGGCUCCUGGAGCACCCAUGGACUUGCAGUGCCAUGAUGCCAACCGAGAUUACGUCAUUGUGACGUGGAAGCCUCCCAACACAACCACUGAGAGCCCUGUCCUUGGCUAUUUUAUCGACCGAUGUGAAGUGGGAACCAACAAUUGGGUUCAGUGUAAUGACGCACCAGUAAAAAUCUGCAAAUACCCUGUGACGGGGCUUUUUGAAGGAAGGUCUUAUGUGUUCCGUGUGAGGGCCGUCAACAGCGCGGGUAUCAGCCGACCUUCCAGGGUCUCUGAUGCAGUGGCCGCUCUGGAUCCCCUCGAUCUCAAAAGGUUACAAGCAAUUCAUUUGGAUGGAGAGAAAGAAAUUGUAAUUUAUCAGGAUGACCUUGAAGGUGAUGUUCAGAUUCCAGGACCUCCCACUAAUGUGCAUGCCUCAGAAAUCAGCAGAAACUAUGUCGUCCUCAGCUGGGAUCCACCUGUUCCCCGUGGCAAGGAGCCAUUAACGUACUUCAUUGAAAAGUCCGUGGUUGGAAGUGGCAGCUGGCAGCGGGUCAACGCGCAGACAGCUGUGCGGUCCCCUCGGUACGCCGUUUUUGAUCUCGCAGACGGGAAAUCCUAUGUAUUCCGAGUUUUAUCAGCAAAUAAGCACGGCCUAAGUGACCCAUCGGAAAUAACAUCUCCUAUUCAGGCACAGGAUACAGUUGUCAUUCCUUCUGCACCUGGUCGGGUCCUUGCUUCUCGAAACACCAAGACGUCCGUGGUGGUGCAGUGGGACAAGCCAAAACAUGAAGAAGACUUGCUGGGCUACUACGUGGACUGCUGUGUGGCAGGGACCAACCUCUGGGAGCCAUGCAAUCACAAGCCCAUUGGCUACAACAGGUUUGUCGUGCACGGCUUAACGACUGGGGAGCAAUACAUCUUCCGGGUGAAAGCUGUCAAUGCUGUGGGGACCAGUGAAAACUCCCAAGAAUCUGACGUCAUAAAAGUCCAGGCGGCUCUCACUGUCCCAUCUCAUCCUUACGGGAUUACGCUUCUGAACUGUGAUGGGCAUUCCAUGACCCUUGGUUGGAAGGUACCGAAAUUCAGCGGUGGCUCAGCCAUCCUGGGCUAUUAUAUAGACAAGCGCGAAGCUCAUCAUAAGAACUGGCAUGAGGUCAAUUCUUCACCUAUCAAGGAGAGGAUCUUAACGGUGGAAGGCUUAACAGAAGGUUCAUUAUAUGAAUUUAAAAUCGCUGCCACCAACCUGGCCGGGAUUGGGGAACCGUCAGACCCCAGUGAGCUCUUCAAGUGUGAGGCCUGGACAGCUCCAGAACCUGGUCCUGCGUAUGACUUGACAUUCUGUGAGGUCAGGAACACAUCCCUGGUCUUGCUGUGGAAAGCCCCUGUGUACUCCGGCAGCAGUCCUGUCUCUGGCUAUUUUGUGGAUUUUAGGGAAGAGGAUUCUGGAGAAUGGAUGACUGUAAAUGAAGCGACCACGGCAAAUCGAUAUUUAAAGGUCUGUGACCUGCAUCAAGGUAAAACCUAUGUCUUCAGAGUCCGGGCAGUGAAUGCAAAUGGGGUAGGGAAGCCCUCGGACACGUCUGAGCCAGUACUUGUGGAGGCUAGACCAGGCACAAAGGAAAUCAGCGCCGGCGUCGACGAGGAAGGCAAUAUCUACCUGAGUUUUGACUGCCAGGAAAUGACAGAUGCCUCUCACUUUACAUGGUGUAAAUCCUACGAGGAGAUUGCAGAUGAGGAGAGGUUUAAUAUCGAAACUGUGGGGGAUCAUUCAAAGCUGUACUUUAAGAAUCCAGAUAAAAUGGAUUUAGGCACUUAUUCUGUGUCCGUAAGUGAUACAGAUGGCGUGUCUUCCAGUUUUGUUAUGGAUGAAGAAGAGCUUGAACGUUUGAUGGCGCUGAGCAAUGAAAUAAAGAAUCCCACAAUUCCUCUGAAAUCAGAAUUAGCUUAUGAGAUUUUUGAUAAGGGCCAGGUUCGCUUCUGGCUCCAGGCUGAGCACUUAUCACCGGAUGCCAGCUACCGAUUUAUUAUUAAUGACCGAGAAGUCUCUGACAGCGAGACACACAGAAUUAAAUGUGACAAAUCAACUGGCAUUAUUGAGAUGGUAAUGGAUCGAUUUACUAUUGAAAACGAAGGUACCUACACUGUGCAAAUUCAUGACGGAAAAGCCAAAAAUCAAUCUUCUCUGGUUCUUAUUGGAGAUGCAUUCAAGGCUGUCCUAGAAGAGGCUGAAUUUCAAAGAAAAGAAUUUCUCAGGAAACAAGGCCCUCAUUUUGCUGAGUAUUUGCACUGGGAUGUUACAGAAGAAUGUGAAGUUCGACUUAUUUGUAAGGUUGCAAACACUAAGAAAGAAACAGUUUUCAAAUGGCUCAAGGAUGAUGUUUUAUAUGAAACGGAAACAUUGCCUGACCUGGAGAAGGGAAUUUGUGAGCUGCUCAUACCAAAGUUGUCAAAGAAGGACCAUGGUGAAUACAAGGCAACCUUGAAAGAUGAGAGAGGUCAAGAUGUAUCUAUCCUUGAAAUAGCUGGCAAAGUGUAUGAGGAUAUGAUUUUGGCGAUGAGUAGAGUCUGUGGAGCAUCUGCUUCUCCACUGAAGAUACUCUGCACCCCAGAAGGAAUAAGACUUCAGUGUUUCAUGAAAUACUUUACAGAAGAAAUGAAAGUGAACUGGUAUCAUAAAGAUGCUAAGAUUUCAUCCAGUGAACAUAUGCGGAUUGGAGGGAGUGAGGAGAUGGCCUGGCUGCAGAUCUGUGAGCCGACUGAGAAGGACAAAGGAAAAUACACUUUUGAGAUUUCUGAUGGCAAAGAUAAUCAUCAACGCUCACUUGACCUAUCUGGACAAGCUUUUGAUGAAGCAUUCGCAGAAUUCCAGCAACUCAAGGCUGCUGCUUUUGCAGAGAAGAAUCGUGGCAAGGUGCUUGGUGGCUUACCCGAUGUGGUGACCAUUAUGGAAGGCAAGACCUUGAAUCUGACUUGCACAGUAUUUGGAAAUCCUGACCCAGAAGUGGUUUGGUUCAAGAAUGACAUGGAUAUCGAGCUCAGUGAGCACUUCCAAGUGAAGGUGGAGCAGGCCAAGUAUGUCAGUCUGACCAUCAAAGGGGUGACCUCCGAGGACUCAGGAAAGUACAGCAUCAAUGUCAAGAACAAAUAUGGAGGAGAAAAGAUCGACGUCACCGUCAGUGUGUACAAACAUGGGGAAAAGAUACCGGAGAUUUCGGCGCCCCAGCAAGCAAAACCAAAACUCAUCCCAGCUUCUGCCUCAGCUCCAGCUGAAUAAAACAAUUUCACCCCGCCUGGAGAUUAGGAAUUAAAAAAAAAAAAAAAAAGGAAGUUAUAGGAAUGCUGUGUGCUUGUUCCAAGUGAAUGGCCAUAACUGGAAUGAUGUCACUUAUGGGUAGAUAAUUGAUCACACGUGAUGCUUUUAAUGUUUGCGUUUGGCGAUUACUAGUUUAUGUCUGUCUAAGGGGAAAUGCUGUUUUCUGCAAGGCUGAACAAUUUAGGUUACAUGAUUGAAAAUGACAGAGACCUGGAUGGAGAAUGGGUUGGAAGUGGAUGGCUUACAUCUUCAUGGAUAUGGGCAGGUGGAAAUGGUACCCAAAUGAGUGUGGCAUAUGGAGAUCUGGGCAAAGCCACUGUCCAUUGUGUGGUUUACUCAUGCUUGCAAGGUCUAGCAGCUUUGGGAUUCUAAUUGAACUGCCUCUAAAGCAUGUUACCUGGUUUCAUUCUGUUUUCUCUUGCUUUUGGCUAAUAAAAUUUAAAAGGCA